GUUUUCUAUGAGGGAUGCUCGUAGAUAAGGUUAAGUGAACUUUGAGAUUGACGAGCGCAUUUCAUCUGAUCAAAAGUGCAGCUCAGUUGCAAUAUCAUAGUAUAUAGUGACUUCAUUAUUAUUUUUUUCCACAAAAGUCAUGCUGAUUCGAAGCCAGACUUUACGGUGGGCAGCUUUCUUGACACUUUGUGCACUGUUGGUGAAGGGCUUCCCUGCAAAAAGACGCAGAGCGAAUCACAUCAAGAGCAAGAGUGGUGCAUCUCUAGAGGUUAGAGGUCAUGGUGGCUCCAAGGAUGUCAAGCAGUCAUUGCAAGACAUUCAGGGCCAAAACCAACUGAGGAGCGAGUUGCCUUUGCCUCGCCGUCAUAAAAGGAGAUGGUCACGGAUUCACUCGGAGGGAGUCCUCCCCAAACCUGCUCCAGAGGAAGAAGAGGAAACCUUCAUUUUAGACCUGAAGAACUUCCCUGACCUCGCCAACGCAGACCUGGGCUCCCAGAACCCAAACAUUCAAGUGACCAUUGAGGUUGUGGACAGCCCACAGAUGGAGAUUGAGAUGGAUCUGGCCAAGGAGAGCAGAAACGACUGGUCUUUGAGCUCGGAGGAAUGGCUGGGCCAUAAAAAGCUCUUCUGGCCACUGUUUUGGGAAUACCAUGACUCCAGUCAGGAAGGUCCCGGGCAAGGCAGUCUGGAGGAGAAUGAGGAGGACAUCAUCUAUGAAGAAGAGGACUCCUUUUUGAGUGGUGUGGGUGCAGACUGGAACAGUCGGUGGAGGGGCUGGGACUCCACAAACAAUUACGAAUAUGAGGAGGAAGAAUGGAGCGAUUGGUCACCAUGUAGUGCCACCUGUGGACAGGGGAAUCAGAAGAGGAUUCGCUCGUGUGGCUACGCCUGCACUGCUACAGAGUCACGGACAUGCGAUUUAGAGAGAUGUCCUGAUGACAUAAUUCCUGUGACAGAACCGAGUCCUCAAGAAAUGGCAAACAACACGGAGCUUUUGGGAACAGAUGUCGACAGCUGUGAGAAGUGGCUGAACUGCAAGAACGACUUCCUCCAGAAAUACCUACACAAAGUCCUGACCGAGUUACCCAACUGCCCCUGCGUCUACCCAUCCGAGGUGGUCUACAGUGCUGUCAACGUUUUCGACAGGAAGCUGCAGAAGACCUAUCGAUGGCGAGACGCCAGCGGCCCCAAAGAGAGACUGGACAUCUACAAGCCCUCCGCCAGGUUCUGCAUUCGCUCCAUGCUCUCCUUCGACAGCACCACUCUGGCGGCUCAACACUGCUGCUACGAUGAUCACAUGAAGCUUAUCACUCGAGGAAAAGGCGCCGGAGCCCCAAACCUCAUCAGUACAGAGUUCUCCCCGGAGCUUCAUUACAAAGUGGAUGUGCUCCCAUGGAUCCUUUGUAAAGGAGACUGGAGCCGCUUUCAUUCGGUUCGGCCUCCCAAUAACGGUUUACAGUGUGUUGAGAAUCCACAGGAAGACGUCUAUAUCAGUGAGCUAGAAGAGGCCAGAGAGUAUUGAAUUCAAGAAAACUUACCAGAGUGGAUGUCUUGAAGGCAAUGGAAGCCUGAUUUCUGAUCGGGUGACUGUUUCACAGAUGUUCUCUCGAAUUUAAUUGAUACUAAAUGGAACUUUGGAGAGAUUCGUCUGGAAACUGUAGUUAAGAUACUGUCACAAGCUGUUUCGUACAGCUCAACUGAUUGAACAUGUUGGACCGAAGCCCAAAUAAUAAAAUCAAUCAAAUGUAAAAAAAAUCAAGAAAGCAAGAUUUGAUGGAAUAACCCUGAUUUUCAGUCAUUACAAAAUGACAUUUGAUCAAUUGUCACUGAGUUUUAUUUUACCAGCAGGAAUACGUCAAUAUGUACGAGCUAGAAGUAUCCAAUGAGUACUGAAUAUUACAUCAAAAACCUACCAGAGUGGACGUCUUGAAAGCAAUUGAAGCCUUGUACAAUACUUUCUGAUUGGGUUCUCGAAUUUAAUAAAUUUUAAAUGGAACUUUGCCUGGAGAUUCGUCUGGAAAUUGUAGUUAGGAGAAACAGUUAAGCUGUUACGUACAGCUCAACUGAUUGAAUAUGUUGGCCUAAAUUGCAGAUUGGCCGAUCAUGAUGCUAAUUUAAAUAGAGCAAGUAAAUUUAAACAACACAAUAGCAGCUUUUUAAAUCAAAUGAAGAGUUAAGAAAGCAAGUCUUUACAAUGACAUUUGAUCAAAGGCCAUUGAGUUUUAUUUUAACCGCAGGAAGGCGUCUACAUGAACUUGCUAGAAGAGACCGGAGAGUAUUGAAUUCAAGAAAACCUACCAUAGUGGACAUCUUAAAGGCAAAUGAAGCCUCAUACAGUGCUUUCUGAUCGGGUGACUGUUUCACAGAUGUUCUCUCAAAUUUAAUUGAUAUUAAAUGGAACUUUUGGGGAGAUUCGUCUGGAAACUGUAGUUAAGAUACUGUCACAAGCUGUUUCGUACUGCUCAACUGAUUGAACACGUUGGCCCGAAGCCCAGAUUGGAAGAUCACGAUGCUAAUUUCUUCUCUGUCUUCUGUGACGUUAGGUACGUGCUCUGCACCGAGUUCAGCGACAGUUCUUCAAUGGCAUUCUCUGGAACGAGAUCACACUAUUUUCAUUGGAUCGGUGCUUGUUUUCCUUCAGUGUCCUCCAAUAUGCCAUUAAAGGAAUUCCAGCAAAGCUGCUAGAAUUGCGAGAUGCUCAAAAAUGCGACAGAAUGCUGAUUUUUGUUGUCUUUGAACCUGAAGCUCCAACCUGGCCUCGCUCCAAUCCAUGUGAGGUCAGUCCAAACAAAUCAAACACAAGCCGCACCACUCGCAAAGCAAUUCAACACAUUUCUGAGAACAGCUCUUCUUGGGGAUUGUUACUCAAAAAUAUGUAUAAACCGUGGAUAAGAUAUUUAUGGAAUAACGUUUGACCUUUGACCUAAGUUUUUAAGGGGAAAUCUGAGUUUUUUUUUUUAAACAUGACAUCCCUCAGCAACGAGAAUCUUGUUUUUUUAGAAAUCUCAGAUAUAAUUGGAUCCCAUUCUGUUUUCUUUUUCGCCUUUCAACACAACCCAGCUUUGUAUUGCAUGCAAUAUGAGACAGCAGUACAGGGGUGCUGUCGGAGCUCCGUUGAUGGAUUGAAGUCUUCCUCCAAAGGUGAGAUCGAGGUGACACUUGACACAAACAGUCUCUUUAAAUACAAUGGCUCUUUCAGUGGCUCCGUUCAUCCUUGAGUCCCAAUCAAAGCCUGGAGGUUUACAUGGGAUGUAGUUUGAAGAGCCUAAGCCGCCCCUUUCAGCACAAGUGUUAUCAAAAUGUCUUUGCGAGUUGUUGACAUGAAAUUCUGGAGAUUUGAUUCCCAAAUUCCCGCUGACAGACGACUGUUCUAUGUAACUAUAAACAUCCACCUUUAAUAACUGGGUGAUUUUAGUUAGUGUGAUUUCACCAAGUGGGACAUGUUACUAGAUUGAAAUCUAUGUUGAUCCUGGAGCAACAUGACAAUCAGCCAAUCAAAAUUAAGGGAUACGAUUACCGUUCAUGCUAGGUUUUGUGCUGGUUAGUGUUAUGUACUUCUAUAUGAUUGUUAUGCAACUAUUAUUCCCCUAUGAUUUUGGGAUUAAUUUACAGUUAUGGUUGGGUUUAAAGGUUAGGGAAUAGGUAUGGAUUACAUUUUUAGACAAGAAUUACUUUCCAGGAUCAACAAAGAUGUUAAUCCAGGAUCGCAACGUACUUUGCAAAAUCACAUCCACCUUUCAGCUCAGUAUCAAAACUGCUUUUAGACUUUUUUUCACUACAUAAAUGAAUGAAAAUGCUCAUUGAUUGUUGUUGAAACUGAAACAAAGGAUUCAUGCUUCAAAUCCUAGGUUGUUUUAGCUAAGGAUUGAAUAUAGCAAUAUUCAGCUAUGGAAAAGCAAAAAAAUAAUUGGAGACCACUUGAAAAUUCUCUAAAUUCACUCUAGAUCCAAAAUGAGUUUGAGUAAAAUGUUAAUAUUUAUUUUAUUCUAUAAAAAUUUGCAACCCAGGCUCAUUUUGAAAAUGUAUAACUAUUUACAUUUCUGGAGAGCGCCAAAUAUGUCCCAAGAGCUACGUUUUGUUGCAGGUUUUUUCUUUUGCGAAUCCUCUAGAGGCCGCUGUGUAUGCUUUUUUCAGAUCUCAAAUUUCUCUAGCAAGUGCCAUUCGUGCCUGCUGUUCUCACGUAAAUCCACCUGGGGUCACUGUCGACUGACUUACUGAUUGAUUGACCGAUCAACUGACCCACCCUCCUCCUUCCCUAAACCCAACCAAUAGUGUUUUAAAAAAGCACUGAUUGACCAACGUACAUGGCGAGCUAACUAGACUUACUGGUAACAGCUGGAAAGCCGCCCAUACGGAGGUAAGUGGUCAGUUGCUAAACGCAAAAAGGAAUUGUGUCAUACCGCACCCUAGCAUUAGUUUUAAAGACGAAAUGCAGCCAUACGUACUUCUGGCUACGUAAUUCAUGAUCUCCAAAAAUGUAUGUUGGGGGAUGCUUUCAGAAUGAGCCUAUGUUGCAUAUUUUAUAAUGUUUCUUCCAAAUUUCAAAUAAAAAUAUUGUCAUUUAUAGCUUUUCUUUUUCCAGAAAAUGACUUAAGAUAUCUACCUUUUCAUUUGUUGUGAUUACAAAUUAGGUUUAU